AUGGUUUCCAAUCAAGUGGGUAGUGCCAUGGCUACUUCGCAACGAUCCGUCUUCCGCAAUGCCUCAAUCAAGGCAUCCCUUUACCAUUCGCGCGUGCCCUACCUCAACAAACUUCCCUUUCCGGUCAUUGCCAUCAUUGUGGCACUCGUCGUAGUCAAUCUCUGUGUUUGGGCGGCCGUUGGGAUUGUGCUGCACUGGCAUACAUCACUGAUUUCCACUGCAAUUCUAUCGUACACCUUGGGACUCCGUCAUGCGUUGGAUGCAGACCACAUCUCGGCCAUCGAUCUGAUGACGCGCCGCCUCAUCGCCGCUGGCCAACGACCAGUAACGGUAGGGACGUUCUUCAGCCUCGGCCACUCCACCAUUGUCAUCAUCACUUCCAUUGCCGUCGCAGGCACGGCAGCCGCUGUAUCUGACCGCUUCGACAAUUUCGAAAGAGUAGGCGGCAUCAUUGGGACUUCUGUCUCCGCCGCCUUCCUUCUCCUCCUCGGCAUCAUGAACAUGUACAUACUGUACAAACUCAUCCUCCAAAUGCGAGCCAUCACCGCCAGCGAGCCCGGAGACGAAAGCACCCAUUUCACCAUCCAAGGCGGGGGCUGCCUCUUCCCCAUCCUCCAAAAGCUCUUCAAACUCAUCGACCGGCCCUGGAAAAUGUACCCGUUGGGCGUCCUGUUUGGCCUCGGCUUCGACACGUCGUCUGAAAUUGCGAUUCUGGGCAUCAGCUCGAUACAGGCGACAAAGGGAACCUCCAUUUGGCUGAUUCUCAUCUUCCCGCUCCUGUUUACCGCGGGCAUGUGCUUGCUCGAUACCAUUGAUGGCGCACUCAUGAUGACGCUGUACAGCAGCUCGCAACUGGCGCGCGACCCCAUUGCCAUUUGCUACUACAACAUUGUACUCACCGUCAUCACGGUCCUCGUCGCGACCGUCAUCGGAACCGUGCAGUUUCUCAACCUAGUCUUGAAUGUCGCCGAACCGCACGGCGGGUUCUGGGACGGCGUGGAGCGGCUGGGUGAGAAGUGGGAUAUCGUAGGUGGCGCCAUUUGUGGGGCUUUUGUCGUCUUUGGCGGACUCAGUGUGCUCUUGUAUAAGCCGUGGAGACGGCGUGUCGACAGUAAGAGGGCGCGAAACGCGCAUUUUGAGCCCCUGGCGCAAGAUCAGGUCGCUGGGGAGCCCGGGGAAGGGGAAGUUGGUGAUGCUGCGGUGAUGGGUGAGAGUGACAAGAAGGAUGUGGGUGUUGGUGUUGCUGCAGUUGAGGGGAGAGAUCUUGCGGGGCCUUCAUAUCGGUGA